GGCAGUGGGGACUUGUUGGGCCGAAGGGCCUGUUUCCACACUGUAGAGAUUCUAUGGGAAAAAAAUACAUGCAAUUGCUACAGUAAACAAAAGCAAACUAUCAGGAAGUACUGUGGAAAUUGAUGUUUUUCAGCUGUGAACAAAUCUCCAGACAAUCCCUAAAUAAGUACUGGCUUUACUUCUCACAUACAUAUAUAGAUUAAAUGUCCGAUAUGCUGUAUAGUUUUUUUUAUACAUAUUCAUGUAUUUUUUUGCAUUCAUAGGAAGUUGGACAUAUUUGCACAGAGUCAUACAGCAUGGGAACACACCCUUCGGUCCAACCCAAUCUCAUUGCCAGAGCGCAGUGGGUGCCGGGACAUUGAAUAAAUGUAAGGAGGAGAUAGAUAGAUAGAUUUUUAAUUAAUAAUUAAUUGAGAUGUAACUGAAGCAUUCAACAAAAUCCUUUAUGAUAGAAGAUCAAAUCGCAUGGAAUUCAUGGACCUGCUGAAAUCAGCCUUGGACUCCAUGGAGGCAGAAAAGGAAAGUAAGAGUGAAUUAAAGCAGCAGCAGGAGAGGGAGAUCGCAGAACUGGACGAAUUCACGACAUCCUUGGAGAAGGACAUCUCCGCACAGUUUGCCAGAAUCCAUCAGUAUCUUGAAGACAAAGAGAAAUGUUUAACUGAAGAGCUCAUGAGACAAAAGGAAGAAGACCUGCAGCUAAUGGUGGGGAACCAGAGUAGAACUGAAAUGGAGCUGUUUUCACUUGAGGAGAAUAUUUUGAACCUGAGUGAAGUCAUCCAGCAGCAAGACAAUAUCUAUUUUCUAAAGGAACUGCAAGGAUUGCAAGCAAUGUAUCUGGACAAAGGGGAGGAAGGGAGAAAUGCAGAUGGAGGACAAGAUGAAGAAGACAAUGAUGUAAUCCAGGAUUUGGAGGAAUAUGUAUUCGAAGAAAUUGCAUAUCCAGCAGAUGAAGGUGAAGAAAUGCAAAUAUCUCCAAGAAAGAAUUACAUGGGAUUUCAAGGCCCAUUACUCUACGCCGUGUGGAAGGAAAUGAAACAGAUCAUCUCUCCAUUUCCAGUUUCACUGACCCUGGAUCCAAACACAGCACAUCAUAACCUCAUCCUGUCUGAGGACCUGACCAGCGUGAGAAACAGUGAGACAGUAUUAGAGCUUCCAGGUAAUCCGGAGAGAUUUGACACGGCUCCAUGCGUCCUGGGAUCGCAGGGAUUCAAUUCAGGGAAACACUACUGGGAGGUGGAGGUGGGGGACAAUACUGACUGGGAUGUGGGUGUAGUUCGAGAGUUUGCAAAUAGGAAAGGAUGUGUAACAUUAAGUCCUGAGAAUGGUUACUGGGCUGUGUGGCUGAGAAAUGAGAAUGAAUAUGGAGCUGCCAUUGAUUCAUUAUGUCCGAGUGUGAAACCCAGGAGCAUUGGAGUUUACCUGGACUAUGAGGGCGGACUGGUGACCUUUUACAACGCUGAUGAUAUGUCUGUUCUCUACACCUUCACUGACACGUUCACCGAGAAUCUCUUCCCUUAUUUCUAUCCUGGGUUGCACAAUGUGGGUAAAAAGGAUGCCCCUCUUAAAUUGUGUUGUUUCUAACUGUAGGUCCUUCCCCUCGAAGACGGAACUGUCACACAUUAAGGAAUCCCACCAACAGGAGGGAAGGGUUUGGCAAAACAAAAAUAUCAUGAAAUGUAACUUCAACCCAUGUUGCCAUUUUUACAGCAGUUGGCUGUUGACUUGUCUGUGCCCGGUUCUCACGAUGCUAUUACAUGUCAUAAGGUCUCCAAGCAGGAAUAGGCAACUUAACCCCUUGGGCCUGCUCCACCAUUUAAUACUACAAUGGCUGAUCUCAUCUCAGCCUCAACUGCAUUUUCCAGCCUGCUUCCCACAACCCUUUAACCCAUUUACUAAUGAAAAGUCUUUCUAUCUCCUCCUUAAAUUAUUCAGUCCUCACGGGUAGCGAAUUCCAUAGGUUCGUACAAACCCCAGAAGAACUGCGGAUGCAAUAAAUCGGAAAUAAAUAAAAACAGACAUUGCUGGGGAAGCUCAGUGGAUCUGGCAACAUCUGCAGAGAGGAAUCAGAGUGAACG